AUGGCUGCCGGCUUUUCCCAUCCAAGGGUUUCGAGGAAUCCGCAAAAUACACAAUUGAGUUACGAAUUACCACAUCGCGUUCAUACUACUAAAGUAUACCCUUUACCUUCUCCCAAUGGAUCGACGAUACUUUUACAAGGCAAUGAAAAUGGAGUAAAAAUUAUAUGGAGAGGCGGCAGAGCUUUCAAACCACCGCAGAAAACAGCCUCAAAGGCUGCACAAACUAAUGGAUCGAAAAAAACUGCUGUAAUAUCUCUUGAUUCGGACGAAGAUGAAGCUCCCAGCCCACCUUUCGAGGAUAAGCCGGAUUUCGAAGAUGACGAACAGGAGAUUGACCCGAGACGGCCAUACCCCAGCGUUCUGCAGACCUUAGAUUUACAAUUUGGAACCGAUGUCCUUCAUAUAAGCUUAUUGCCAAGCUCUAUACUCAGAGCGGAUGGCGCACCAUGGCGAGGAAUCGACUCUUUGAAACCAAAAAUCGUUUUCUCGGCAGCCUGCGCUGAUAAUACCAUUCGACUAAUCACACUGCCUCUCACACCGCCAUCUCCUCUGAGUAAGAACCGUAAUGAAUUCCGACUUACCCCUGCGAUAGCAAAUGUCGGAAACGGAAAAUGGGGAGAGACUAUGGUUAUUUUGACUGGCCAUAAAAAACCAUCUGAUGGAGUAUCCAUGACUGUUGAUUUCGAGGAGAAGCAAACUUCAACGAAAGACAAUUCAAAUUCUACAACAGAAACACAAAUCAUUAUAGCCUCGCAUUCAAAGGAGAUCACUGGUCUAUUACAGCUGUGGCGCGUGCCUCUACCAAUGCCAUCUUCAUCAACCAUGGUACCACCAUUCCAAUCGAUUCAUAUGCCUUCUCCAGCCGUCGGCAUUUCAUUCAACCCAUCACUUUCAGAACACCAUUCGAGUCAUUUGCUCGUCGCCGAUAACCUUGGCACUUGUCGAAUCUACAAUCACAAGCUCCUGGUGAAUCCGUCGGAAGAUCCUGAGAGCGCGAUCGCUGAACAGGGAUCCUGGCUAGUCUCUUUAUAUCCUGGAUUCAAAAGCAGCAAAACUGAUUCACAAUCGUCUCAAAAGAGUACGUACUCUGGGUUUGGCCGAAAGAUAAUCGUGGACGCAAAAUGGGUAUACAGCGGCAAGGCGAUUCUUGUACUGUUGAGUGAUGGAGAAUGGGGUGUGUGGGAUAUGAAUGGAGUAGGACCAGGCGCAAAAAGAGGUGUCCUUGGUCAGCAAUCUAUAAAAGGGGGUUCACGAUCAGCGUUCAACCUUACAGGUUAUGUUGAAGGUGCGACCAAAUCCAACUCAAAAACUUCCGGUCCUCCACAAAUCGCCCAAUCAAGGUUCGCCCCCAUGACUCCUGGAACCCGUAAAACAACCGAUCUAUUCAGCAAUAAAGUCCAGCCCACAGGUCCAAUCCGUGGAAGUAUAUCAGUACUCGAAGCCCCAUCCACAUCAUCUCAUCUAGCAUAUGAAGAAUCCAUACUCUUCUGGCUGGGCGAAUCUUUCACCUUCAUUCCCUCCCUCUCGAAAUACUGGUCCGCCAAUCCCCGCAAAGGCCAAACUUCAGCAAAUAUCUUCAACACCUCCCCAGGUUCCCGUCCCAUCAAGCUAGAGCACGUAGAUCUUCUCGGUGAACGUUGCACUGGUAUCGAACAAGCUCCUAAAUGUUCAACGUCACCACAUACUAGGACGGAUAUAUCAACCGAUAUAUUCAUAAUGGGUGAACACAGAUUUACGAUUUUCAUAGGCGGGGAGUCCGUAGCGCCGAAACAAAAUCGGAAGGCGUAUGCAUUACAAUUAGUACAGAGUAGAGAGGAUGAGGAUGAGGAUAUGACGAACAACAGAAUGAUAGGGGUAGGAAGUGGUGAUUUAGACGUGAAUGAUAUUGACAGGGCGUUAGCGAGGAUGGAGAACAAUGAGAUACCUGGUGGAGGGUUGUUGUUUAGUGGGGAAAAUAGGUCGUAG